UACCAUUUCCAAAUAUGGUAUGGGUCUGUCGUGUGUCGUGUCUGUCCCCGCCCUCCCUGUCAGUUGCAGCGAGGUGUUUUCUGCUGAGUUCCAUUUCUACUCGGAAGAAGGAAUAUCCGACCUCCGAUUAGGACAUUUCAUCUGGAAGCCCCGCGAGAGUCUGAAUUAAGAGUCGGAGAGUCGGAGCAACACGACCAUACCCGACUUCCGCAUUCAAGAUGGUUGCUACUCGCCUAGUGAAACGUUUCUACUGUGACGGUUUUUAGCGGCUCUUUAUUAUUUAUGCAACAUUUACUUUCAGUGUUUAUAAGACGAGAUGUUUCAACGCUGUUUAUAUGCACGAAAUAGCGCGUAGAUCAGUGUUAUUGUUGUAAGGCUGCUGUUACAGUUGUUAUCAACACGAACGAAAACAAGCAGGAAACUGGAACGCUACAACUCGGAAAUGACGUAAGUUCCGACGUCCCAGUUCCGACUUCCGAGGUUCCGCAGCAUUUAUCCUUUGUUCCCUGUUCGUCAGCAGCCCAGAAGCGGGAGUGUUGAUAAAGCUGUAAGAGAGCUGCAGCAGCAGCAGUUGAUGAACUCUGGAAAGAAGUCCAGCAGCUUGAGGAACAUCUGGUCAAAGAAACUGGAGGGAAGCAGGAGCUCAAACAGCGGCAGGACGCAGCAGAGGAAGAGACACCAGAUGAUGGAUGAUGUUUUCCAGCCCAGAUUAGUGCUGGGAGCAGAUGUUAAAGAAGAGGCUCCUGAAGAACAGAGUCCUGAUGUGGAUCAGCAGGAGCCAGAGCCCCUCCAGAUAAAGGAGGAACAGGAGGAACUCUGGACCAGUCAGGAAGGAGAGCAGCUCACUGUGAAGGAGGAGACUGAUACCAGGUUUCCAUUAACUGCAGCUCCUAUCAAGAAUGUUAAAGAAGAGUCUCCUGAUGAACAGAGUCCUGAUAUGGACCAGCAGGAGCUGCAGCACCACCACAUAAAGGAGGAAAGUGAAAGAAUCUGGACCAGCCAGGAUGAAAAACAACUGAAUGUGAAGAAGGAGACUGAUGAUACCAGGUUUCCAGUAACUGUUGUUCAUAUGAAGAGUGAAGAGGAUGAAGAGAAACCUCUGUUCUCUCAGCUUCAUCAACACCAGACAGAAGACAGAGAUCUUCCAAGAAUCAUCUCAACUGACCAGAUAAAAGUAGAAAUUAAAGUAGAGGACUGUGGAACAUCAGUAUCCAGCAGGAACCCAGAUCUAAAUACUCAUGGAGGCUCUUCCAACUAUUCUGAAACUGAAGACAGUGAGGAUGAUGAAGAGGAUGAUGAUGUGAAGCAUCAUGAAUCUGAGCUUAAACGCUUAUCAGACUCUGAAACUGAAGACAGUGAGGUUGAUUGGAAGGAGAGCAGGACUCCAGGAUCAGGCAGAAACGCUGUCAACAAAUCUUUGAGCUGCUCUGAGUGUGGAGGAAAAUUUGCUAACAGACGCUCUCUUCAGAGUCACAUGACAUGUCAUCCAAGAUUAACAUCUUCAGAUUGUUCUGGUAAUGAGACAUGUUUCAGAGAAAAGAAAAACAUAGAUUCACUGACAAAGUUUCAGACGGGUAGUAAAGAUUUUAACUGUGGUGAAUGUGGUAAAAGUUUUAACUUGAAACGAGAUCUCAAAAGGCACACAAAAGUCCACACUGGAGACAAACCUUUCAUUUGUGAUGCAUGUGGAAAAAGAUUUGCCUUCAAGUCAGAUUUAAACAAACACAUGAGAAUCCACACAGGAGACAAACCUUUUAGUUGUGAUGCAUGUGGAAAAAGAUUUGCGUUCAAGUCAGAUUUAAACAAACACAUGAGAAUCCACACAGGAGACAAACAUUUAAUUUGUGAUGCAUGUGGAAAAAGAUUUGCGUUCAAGUCAGAUUUAAACAAACACAUGAGAAUUCACACAGGAGACAAACCUUUUAGUUGUGAUGCAUGUGGAAAAAGAUUUAUUUCCAAGUCAGAUUUAAACACACACAUGAGAAUUCACACAGGAGACAAACCUUUUAGUUGUGAUGCAUGUGGAAAAAGAUUUGUCUACAAGUCAUAUUUAAACAAACACAUGAGAAUUCACACAGGAGACAAACCUUUUAGUUGUGAUACAUGUGGAAAAAGAUUUGCCUUCAAGUCACUAUUAAACACACACAUGAGAAUUCACACAGGAGAUAAACCUUUCAGUUGUGAUGCAUGUGGAAAAAGAUUUGCCUUCAAGUCACAUUUAAACAUACACAUGAGAAUUCACACAGGAGACAAACCUUUUAGUUGUGAUGCAUGUGGAAAAAGAUUUGUCUUCAAGUCAGAUUUAAACACACACAUGAGAAUUCACACAGGAGACAAACCUUUUAGUUGUGAUGCAUGUGGAAAAAGAUUUGUCUCCAAGUCAGAUUUAAACACACACACGAGAAUUCACACAGGAGACAAACUUGUUAGUUGUGAUGCAUGUGGAAAAAGAUUUGUCUCCAAGUCAUAUUUAAACAUACACAUGAGAACUCACACAGGAGAAAAACCUUUUAGUUGUGAUGCAUGUGGAAAAAGAUGUAUCACCAAGUCAAAUUUAAACACACACAUGAGAAUCCACACAGGAGACAAACCUUUUAGUUGUGAUGCAUGUGGAAAAAGAUUUAUCACCAAGUCACAUUUAAACACACACAUGAGAAUUCACACAGGAGACAAACCUUUUAGUUGUGAUACAUGUGGAAAAAGUUUUGUGUCCAAAUCAGAUUUAAACACACACAUGAGAAUUCACACAGGAGACAAACCUUUUAGUUGUGAUACAUGUGGAAAAAGAUUUAUCACCAAAUCACUAUUAAACAGACACAUGAGAAUUCACACUGGAAAUAAACCCUUUGGUUAAGAUCUUUGUGUGGACUGUUUUGGCUUCAAGUCACAAUAGAACAAACGCAAGAAUCCAAACUGGAGAGAAACAUUUUGGUUGUGAUGAAUGUGGUAAAAACUUUACCUUCAAGUGUUGAAGUAUAAUAAAUCUAAUAUGCUUACUGAUUAUUGAGCUGUGUUAUUGCAUAAUCACCACAGAGUUAGGGGUGAUGUGAAAAUACUGAAAGGAGGCUUAUCAAACUGGUUUAGACCAGAGUGCCUGAGCAGUUAAAUUGUGGGGUGGGGGGGGGGGGGGGGGGGGUGGCUGCAGCAGUAUAGAAAAGCAUGUCUAUUGUUGGAAAAUAUUCAAAAUAUUCAUGCUAAGCUUAAAUGAUCUGUAUUGCUAUGCUCAAGUAUGUUUAAUAAUGUGUGAAAUAAAACGUAUUAUGUAACUUAGAGGCCUCCAAACAGGCUUAUAUUUGUGUGUGUUGGACUUAGAUGUCAUUUGCCCAGUAACGGAAGUUAUUUCUGUAUGUACAUCAUCUGCCAAGUAACAGAAGUUAUUUCUAGAAAAACAGGAAGUGCUGAAAAGUCAUGUCGGAGUGCCAGACAGCUCCGGAUGAGAAAAUCAGACAUACAAUUGUAUGUUUUUUCUCUGUAAUGUAUUUUUGUUAUGUACACGCCUUGCUUUUGAAUAAAAACUACUGUUCUGGGGGAAGUAAUAAGAAGUUUCAGGAGUAUUUUGGACGAGCUUCUCCCUGUACAGGCAUCUAAAGACUG